GAGAAGGAGAGAGACAGAGAGAAGGUGCUGGGCGAUUGACUCAGCCUCUGCGCACCUCUGGUGAUUUGGCAUUUUCUGGUUUUGUUUUUGGUGCUAAUUGGUUGGUUGGUUGGUCGCCUAUUUCUGCCUUUCAUCUUCUUCUCCUACAGUAGUUUUCAAUUUUACAUUUAUGUGUCUCUGUGCAUUUAGAAGAGGGUUCUCUGCUAUUUAGCUUUAGCGUGCUCUGCUAAAGAAUCACACUAUCCAUCAGCACAGGCACCAACGAUAUCACACACGGAAAGAGAAAUAUAGAGACAGAGAGAAAGUGAGAGAAGGGGGGGAGCAAGAAAAAGGGCUAUACUGUUUUUUGACUGACCUUUGUUGCUCUGCCUCUUUUUGUUCUUGUGGAGAGAAUGGAAUGAUGGGCACGGUGGCUAAACUGGGCUGAAAGCGAAUGUUUGGGUGCUGUGAGAAUAAUAUUAUAUAUAUUUCUGCAAACAGGAGGCCUUUUGCUGUUUGGGAAACAGGAAUUGAUUAUGAAAGCUGGCAAAAUGAGACUACUUUGAAGGUAUAUCUUGGUUGGUUGAGCAUUGUUGUCAAAUGAGAAUUCUUCAUACGCGUGACUCCCGAGGUGGGUGAUCUUUGCCACCUGACUUGGAUUGGGAUUCCUUCCAUGCAAUAUUUCACACCAAGACUUGGCCUAAUAAACACAAACGCCUUCCACAUGCGCAAUCCUGUGCCAAGAAAUUGUUGAUUUUAUUUGAUUUCAAGGGUCUGAUCAGAGAAGCUCUUAUUAUAGAAAUCUUCACAGGAUUGUUUUGUAUUUUUUUGGGGGGGAGAAAAUGGCUUCUAAUGCGGUGGAAAUGCAAGAACCGAGCAUUGACACCGAUAAGCUUAGCUAUGAAAUCUUCUCCAUCCUUGAAAGCAAGUUUCUCUUCGGCUACGAGGACCAGAAGGUCUGGCUUCCGAAGCAAAUAUCUGCGACAAUUGAACCAAAACCAGAAGUUCAGUCUUACGCUGCCAACGUCGACGGCGUCUCCUCCAUCAAGAAUCAGAGAGGCAAAAUAUGCAUACUCAGCAUAGAUGGUGGAGGCAUGCGAGGGAUUCUUCCCGGGAAAGCUCUGGCCUAUUUGGAAAAUGCGUUGAAGAAGAAAUCAGGAAACCCGGACGCUAGAAUCGCCGAUUACUUUGACGUAGCAGCCGGCGCCGGUGUCGGAGGCAUUUUCACGGCGAUGCUUUUCGCCACAAAGGAUCACCGACGCCCUAUUUUCGAAGCCCAAAAAACAUGGCAAUUUUUAGCUGAUCACGGCCAAAAGUUCUACCAUCCUGGGUCCAGCGGCGGGAGCAGCCGCAGCUUCUUUCGUCGAUUAUUUACCAGCAACUCCGCUUCUGGUUCUGUCAGCUCCGUCACCGCCGGUCUGGAGAAAGCCAUGAAGGAAGCAUUCGCCGCGAACGGCAAAAGCUUAACUCUCAGAGAUACUCUAAAGCCCGUCCUCAUCCCCUGCUACGACCUUUCCAGCACGGCGCCGUUUUUGUUCUCCCGAGCAGACGCGCUCGAGACCGAGAGCUUCGACUUCCGGCUCUGGGAGGUCUGUCGUGCCACGUCGGCCGAACCGGGCCGAUUCGAGCCGGUUCAGAUGCGGUCCGUGGAUGGUCAGACGGGAUGCCUGGCUGUCGACGGCGGAUUGGCGAUGAGCAACCCAACCGGUGCAGCCAUAACGCACGUGCUUCACAACAAGCAGGAAUUCCCGUUUGUCCGAGGGGUGGAGGAUUUGCUGGUGCUUUCGCUGGGAACGGGUCAGUUAUUGGAGGCGAGGUAUGAGUAUGACCAGGUCAAGCGUUGGAAGGCUAAGGAGUGGGCUCGGCCUAUGGCUCGGAUUUCUGGGGACGGCUCUGCCGAUUUGGUGGACCAGUCUGUGGCCAAGGCCUUUGGCCAUAGCCGCACCUCCGGUUACGUUCGCAUUCAGGCAAAUGGGUCAAGCAUGGGGCGAUGUGGACCCAAUGUGGAUACGGAUUCAAGUCCUAAUAAUGUAAAGAUGCUGAUAGGGAUAGCAGAUGAAAUGUUGAAGCAGAAGAAUGUAGAAUCGGUGCUGUUUGAGGGGAAGAGGAUUGGGGAUCAGAGUAACUUUGAGAAGCUUGACUGGUUUGCCGGAGAACUUGUGCAGGAGCAUCAGAAGAGGAGUUGCAGGAUAGCUCCCACUGUUGCUUUCAAGCAAGCUACCGAAAAAGCGACCUAAGGGAGCAGGUAUAAACAGACAUUAGGAAGGAGAAAAAGGAGCAGCAGUGGGGGGAAAAAAAACAGGAAAGAAGAGAGGAGGUAGUAUAGCAGCUUUUACUUUUCAAGUGAAAAUAGAGGAAGAAGGUUAGGGAGAUGAUGGAAAUUGAAAAGGACAAGGAGUAUCAAAAGGGGUGGAUAACCUUUGUGGGAUACUUUGCUCCCCAGAGAACAAACACUGGUGUCCACUCCUACCUUUUCUACAGUGCUAAACACUAAAUGAGCCACAAUACCUAAAAAGCAUUUUCAUUUGUAGCCUUUUUAGGGUCAAACACGCUUCAGCUUGGAAAUUUCAAUUUCAAUAUCAGACUUUUAAGCCUCAAACAUGGUCUGCACUUCAUUCUUCCCUGCCCGUUCUCUCUUUCAUUUUUUUUAAUUUAAUUUUGUUAUUGGAUAUUCUUGUAAAUCUGUGAUUCUAAAUAUAUAUACACAUAUAUAUUAUCUGUCUCAUCUUUGCUUUCAAGGAAGUUUAAUUACCUGUACUGGGCGGUGGGCUUACGUUGAUGUGAGUGAAACUUUAGAAAUGGUAGUCAAAGUUCAUUCUGACUUUUAA